AAGGUAUUAUCAUUUUAACAAAAAUAUUAGUAUAUACUAUAACUAUAUUAAUAUUACAUUACUUGAUUUGUUUUAGUUAUGCUUAGAUUUUAAUAAUACAGACUUUUAUCGUUUUAUCCAAUUGAUAAUUCUGCGAUGGGUGGUAAGAAGAAAGGUGGAGGCGGUCAUAGUUUUGGUCGUGCGUUAAUCAAAGACAGAUUUGGUCGUGGUAAAAAGACACUGAAUGCUGACUCAUUUCUUCACACAUCUGAUUUAGCUGACGGAUAUGACUGGGGAAGACUCAAUUUGCAGUCUGUGACAGAACAGAGUUCUUUUGAAGAGUUUUUGUCCACAGCUGAAUUGGCUGGAACUGAAUUUACAGCUGAAAAAUUAAAUGUUGAAUUUGUGCCUGAAAGUCGAAUGGUUGGUACUUUAACUGAUGAAGAACGGUCAAAGAUUGAAAAGUCCCAUAAGGAGUUUAAACAUUUUAUUAAAAUUCCUCGAAGACCCCAGUGGGAUGACAAAACUACUGCCGAAGACUUAGAAUCAAAAGAAAGACAAAACUUCUUAGAAUGGCGUCGUAAAUUGGCCGAACUUCAAGAAGAACAUGGCCUGGUGUUAACUCCCUAUGAAAAAAACUUGGGCUUUUGGAGACAGCUCUGGAGAGUUGUUGAGAGAAGUGAUGUAUUAGUUCAGAUUGUAGAUGCUCGCAACCCAUUAUUAUUCUAUUGUGAAGACUUAGAGAAAUAUACAAAAGAAGUGGAUACAAAUAAAACUAAUUUAUUGUUGUUGAACAAAUCUGACUUGUUGACUGUUCAACAACGUAAAUACUGGGCAAAAUAUUUUGACUCUAGAGCUAUUACAGUAGCUUUUUAUUCUGCUAAGCAAAGUGAAGAAACUAUUGAAGAAGGGAAUGAAGAUGCUAAUGAAACGGAUGAAAAAGUAGACGAAGAAGAAGAUGAUGAUGAAGAAGAAGAUGAAGAUGAAGAGUGGAACAGUUCAGAUUAUGAAACCGACGAAGAAGAAGAAGUAAUUGGAGAUGUAGAUGAUGAAUGUCCUAGGUUUAAAAAUUCUUCAAAGCUAUUAACAAAAGAACAAUUAAUCACUCUCUUUAAAACAAUUCAUGGAAAUAAUAAACGUUUAUCAGAUGAAUUAGUUACUGUUGGAUUAGUUGGUUAUCCAAAUGUCGGUAAAAGUUCUACAAUUAAUACGCUUCUUGUUAAUAAGAAAGUGUCAGUAUCUUCUACUCCGGGAAAAACAAAACAUUUUCAGACACUUUUUGUUGACAAGGAAUUGAUGUUAUGCGAUUGUCCUGGUUUGGUUAUGCCUAGUUUUGUAUUUACAAAAGCUGACCUUAUUAUAAAUGGUAUUCUUCCCAUCGACCAGAUGCGGGAUCACAGGCCACCUGUAAAUAUAAUCUGUUCGCAAAUACCAAAACAUAUACUAGAAGAUCAGUUUAGUAUUAUGGUGACAAAACCAUUAGAAGGCGAAGAUCCCAAUCGACCACCCACAGCUGAUGAAUUUCUCAAUGCUUAUGCAUGUAGUCGAGGAUAUAUGACAGCUAACGGACAACCAGAUGGUUCUAGAGCAGCUCGCGUGAUACUUAAACAUUAUGUUAAUGGACGAUUAUUGUUUUGUAUUGCUCCACCAGGAGUUGAUCAGAAAAAAUUUCAUUCAUUCCCACCACCUGAUGAAAAUCGCGCAACAAAAACAUUUACACCAUUUGAAAACAUUCUUCUCAAGCCAAAUGUUGCAUCUGGUUCGGAUUUAGACAAUAUGUUUUUUAAAAAAACAACCAUGGGCGCACACAGUAAAGGCAUGAAAAAGAUUGAUAUAAUGGGCAGUAUUAAUAAUCAAGCUCAACAAAAUACAUCCAAACCAUGGAAAAACCAUAAAGAAAAAAGGAACAAACACGAAAAGUUGAGACGCCAAUUCAGACAUCUUGAUAUUUGA